GCUGCGCUCCACGCAGAGUUCCACGUCCGGGACACGCCUUCUCGCGCGCGGGCGCGCCUUCACAGUUGCUAGGCGGCCUUGGAUACCUGUCCGCGGGAUGUUGGGCGACGUCAGGUGAAGAUGGUGGUCACUGGGCCUCAGGUAACCAUGGAUAAGGAGGUUCGGAGCACCAUUCUUUUCAAUGCAUACAAAAAGGAGGUGUUUACCACCAACAAUGGCUAUAAAUCCAUGCAGAAAAGACUUCGGUGUAAUUGGAAGAUUCAGAAUUUAAAAGAUGAAAUCACAUCUGAGAAGCUAAUUGGAGUGAAACUAUGGAUUACAGCUGGGCCAAGGGAAAAAUUUACUGCAGCUGAGUUUGAGGUCCUGAAGAAGUACCUUGACAAUGGUGGAGAUAUCCUUGUGAUGCUAGGAGAAGGUGGAGAAACCAGAUUUGACACCAACAUUAAUUUUCUACUAGAAGAAUAUGGAAUCAUGGUUAAUAAUGAUGCUGUGGUUAGAAAUGUAUAUUACAAGUAUUUCCAUCCUAAGGAAGCUCUAGUUUCCAAUGGAGUGUUGAACAGAGCUCUCACCUUUGUCUAUCCUUUUGGUGCCACCUUGAGUGUCAUGAAACCAGCAGUGGCUGUUCUGUCCACAGGCUCUGUCUGCUUCCCACUUAACAGACCYAUUCUGGCUUUUUAUCACUCAAAGAACCAAGGCGGGAAGCUGGCAGUGCUUGGCUCAUGUCACAUGUUCAGUGACCAGUAUUUGGAUAAAGAAGAAAACAGCAAAAUCAUGGUGAGCUUUUCCCUUUUAAGUACUGCAGAUUUGAGACCUCAGACAGUGGAGACUCAACAAAAUGAACUCUUGUUCCUGCUUUGCUGAAAGGAACCCUCUUAUGGCUUUCAGAUCUCCGACUACAUGAUGCUACCUGACACAGCCACCCUGUCAGAGCGUCUGCGAGUGUGUCUCCAGGAGGGUGAUGAGAACCCACGUGACUUUACCACCCUCUUCGAUCUGUCCAUUUACCAGCUGGAUACCACCUCCCUCCCCAAGGUUAUCAAGGCUCAUGAGCAGCUAAAUGUAAAACAUGAACCACUUCAACUCAUUCAACCUCAGUUUGAGACGCCGCUGCCAGCCCUUCAGCCUGCGGUUUUCCCUCCUAGCUUCCGGGAGUUACCACCUCCUCCUCUGGAACUGUUUGACUUAGAUGAGACGUUCUCAUCUGAGAAAGCACGGCUUGCUCAGAUCACCAAUAAAUGUACUGAAGAAGACCUGGAAUUCUACGUCAGAAAGUGUGGUGACAUUCUUGGAGUAACCAGUAAACUACCAAAGGAUCAACAGGAUGCCAAACAUAUCCUUGAGCACAUUUUUUUCCAAGUGGUUGAAUUCAAGAAACUGAACCAGGAACAUGACAUCGAUACGAGUGAAAUGGUAUUCCCGAACAAUUUCUGAGGACCAUGCCUCUUGAAGCAUUUUCUGCCUCCUGAUUCUUUCCAUUUUUUAAUUCCUCAACUUCUUACCAAAGUGUCUGUACACUCUUCACAAGUUGUAGGUCUGUGCAUCUUCUAUAGUAUUCAGAUAGGUAAGAUUUCUGACUUACAAAAUCCUUUUGGAAGAAAUGUUUCUGUUUUUAAAAUUAAAUCUAUGAUUGAAUCUGUACUUUCAUGAUUUAUAAAA